GCUGUCGAACAGUGUCAGGCGGCGGCCACGGCAGGCCUGCAGUCGAGUCGAGGCUCGCCGACCGACGGGCUGUCUCCUCCUCGCCUCAUCUUGCCGUCAUGCUCACCGCCUACGCCACGCUCCUGGCCUGUGUGGCCGCCGUCGGCGCAGCUCCGGCCCCGCUGUCGCUACCGCCACCGCUGGUGGCGCCUACUCUGCCGCCCUGCAAUCUCUCGGUGACGGCCGCGGUGACGCAGAACGGCAAGACAGCGGGCAAGGCCUCGGCCUCGACCUCAGGCAGUGCCAGCGGCUCAUCUAGCUCCGGGUGCUCGCUCCAGUUGCCCACCGGCGGCACCAGCACCCAGGGCGCCGUCAACGCCGGGGUCAAGAGCUCAAGUGCCUCCAGUGGCGACGGCGCGCACGCGUCCAACAUCACCUCGUCCUCGCAGGUGAUCAACACUCCAACUGGUCAGACCUCCAAAACCAGCACCUCGGGCGCGGGCGCGACCUCAGGCUCGGCCGGCACCUCUGGCCAGGCCGGGGCGAACGCAGCCGGCACAUUUAAAACCGACCUCCGCCUGCCGGAAUUUCCCGGCUUCCCCAGCAGCAAGAAGGAAGGCGCUACCAGGAGCCACUCGAACAUCCACGUCUCGGGCAGCAAUUCCAGCUUGUUCGAGAUCAACCAGAGCGCCAACAACACACUCGUCCUGCCGCCACCGCUUUGAUGGAGGAUCUCUCACCUCCGGCUCACUGGAGCGAGAAUCUCUCGCCUCCAGCUCACUGGAGCGAGAAUCUCUCACCUCCGGCUCACUGGAUCGAGAACCUCUCACCUCCGGCUCAUUGGAUCGAGAAUCUCCCACCUCCGACUCAUCAAAUUGAGGAUCUCUUACCUCCGGCUCACUGGAUCGACCGGUCUCGUGCUUUUCAUGGGCCACCGGCACGCCGGUGCCCUGCUCUUCCCAAUGCGCCGAUGUCUUGCUCUUCCCAAUGGUCAACGCUGCGCCGGCGUCUUGCUCUUCCCAAUGGUCACCGCUGCGCCGGUGUCUUGCUCUUCCCAAUGGUCAACGCCGCGCUCGUUUACGCUCGAAAUUCUGGGACCGCUGGAAAAUGGCGACAGGGAUCGCCUUUUCAUUCGGCUUUUAUGCUCCUGGAAGUUUGCGCAGGUCUCAGGCUUGUGAAUUCAGCACUCUGUUGCGUCCAUACCGUUGCUGUCACUGCACUGUCACACACCGUACCGUCACCGUUACCGUGUGCUGUCGCCGACCAGACCGUUUUAACGUCGCCAUUCGUACAUACGUUUCCAUAUCCAGUUGUCUGCGGCUCUGUCUGCAUCUUCUUCCCCGUCCAAGAGUUUUCGUGCACGAUUUCGCAUAUCCUUUCCCAUUCACAAAUGGAGACCUUGAUCGGCUCCCUGUUUCGUCCUGCAUUCGCUAUUCCGGACAGCACUUAUCUGUGUACUUGCUAUAACGCUGACAUGUGCACUUCCUCAGGCUUUUUUCGUUUCACAAUGAACCAUUUCGGCAUUGCGUUCCGGGCAAACCAUUUUGUUUCCGGGCGCUUCGGCCCUGGCGUUGCACAUGUCGGAGGCUGUCGCGUGUUAAAAUAUACGCACCAGUUGGAGCCAGUGUUCGUUUUCUUUUUCGUGUUCAGUGCACGGCGCUUUUGUUUAAUACUGUAUGAAUUUCAAGAUAUAAAGGCGUUGCUCGGAAGGGGUGGAAUCCAUUUCCCGAUGGCGCAUUAUGUGGAAUCUAUGGCUCAUACGCGAAUGCGACGGAAGCUCGCGUAA